AUGUCCUCUGCACAGACGACAACAUCAACAACAGAUGCAGCCCCAGUAUUUCAAGUUAAUCAAAAGAAAUUAAAAGAACUUGCCGAAAGUGCUAAUGCUAUCAAAAUCGGUGGCAAGGGCACAGCUCGCCGAAAGAAGAAAAUUAUUCAUCGACCCGCAAAUGCAGAUGAUAAAAAACUUCAAAGUUCAUUGAAAAAACUUACAACCAAUAAUAUUCAAGGCAUUGAAGAGGUCAACAUGUUUAAAGACAAUGGUGAAGUUAUUCAUUUUGCCAAUCCUAAAGUGCAAGCAUCACUCGGUUCAAAUACAUUUGCUAUUAGUGGCCCUUCGGACACAAAAUCUCUACAAGAUAUGUUACCAACAAUCAUGUCACAAAUGGGUAUGUCCACUGAUAGUGUUCUAGCAAGUGAACUUGGCCGACGUAGAGGUGGUUCACAUGGUGAACAACAAACAGGAGAUGGAACAACAAAUGAACAAACAGGUGCUGAAGGUGAUGAUGACGUACCCGGCAAUAUGCAUGCAUUUUGUACUAUAGUUCUUUUUAUUUUAUACUGUACAUUUACAAAUUCAAUCGAUACAAAUAAAUCUUCAUCAAAAUUAAUUGCCAAAUUAAAUCAACGAUCAAUUAUUUUAAAUAAAGAAAUAAAUCGAUUAUAUAAAAACAAUCAUACAAAUAAGAAUUAUCCUCCAUCAGAAAAAUCUCAUCGACAAUUAUUUAAUGAACGUUUAAUUAUAGUUAUUAUUAUAAUUAGUAUUUCAAUUGGAAUUAUGAUAAUCAUUGUUGUUACAGUUAUAACUAUAAGAUACCGUCGUACUGGGACAAGGAAUACUUCUGCAACACCUGAACAUAACAUUUCAUUAACAAAUGAAAAACGAAUAGUAUCUAAUGUAACAAGAAAAGUAAAACAUCGUAAUUCAUAUUGUUAA